AUGUCCCACACGUCGAUGGCGUCUCCCAGCGCAGCAGGAUCCUCAGUAGAUGCGGAGUACAACACUGUUCUCGCCGCUCGGCGUCAUAAUGCCCGCAUUCCCAUCGCUCGUCUCCCCGCCGACGCCCUCACACUUAUCUUCAGCUUUGUUGCCUCGUUCGAUCCCUUGAUCGAACCUGUGCGCGCGCCGUUCCGCGCCGCUUUGUCUCAACGACAUAGCACUAUCCUCAGGUGGAUUACUAUUACCCAUAUCUGCUCAUUAUGGCGAGCAGUGGUACUGGAGGAUUCGCGCUUCUGGUCCGAGGUUCCGUCGCGGCUGGGCGUCUCUUGGGCCAAAGAGAUCAUGUGUCGCCGUGGUCAGCGCGGCGGCCUGGUCUUCGAACAUCGUCAGAUAAUCCCACUGAGUCCCUUCUGGCAGGUACAUUUUCUGGAACGAAGUCUGCCUUUCAUUGAGGACCUGCGUAUGUCCAUCGAAGUGGAUAGGAUAUCGCGUCUGCUAACCGGCUAUGGAUCGCCCGUAUAUGUACGCGCAAUCGAGAGUCCAGUACCCCAGCUUCGUGUUUUAUGCCUCCGCACAAACACAACAUCAUCUGCAAAGAUCCGCUGGCCUAGCCGUCUCUUCGCAGGACAAGCACCACUUCUUCGCAAAGUGGAUCUGAAAGUCGAGCCCGAGCUCACGCCGAUCGUUCUUUCGUCGCUCACGACUUUCCUUCCUUGCCUUACGUCUCUCGUUAUUGAGAUCAGGCUAGCUUACUUGGGCGAAUUCACCCCAAUACAUGCGGCAUUAUCCCUCUGUGGCAGCCUGGAGCAUCUCGCCUUCCUGAGUCGCUUCUUCGAGUGUGAGGCAAGCGAGAUCGACGAUCUCCCUUCGCUCGACUUGCCUCGCAUGAAAACAUGCCUCAUCGAAGCCCCACUAGACAACAUAGAGGCGCUCGUGAACGUGAUCCGUUCACCAGACAGCUGCAAACUUGCCCUCAUCUGUCAUCUACCUAGCUUCACGGACGCACUCGGAACAUUCACAGAGGCGCUUUCGGGGCACUUCUCUAACAUACGAUCGUUGGAGAUCGCGAUACGCAAGAUACCCGAGAAGCAUACCACAAUCGCGGGCUGGCGCCUAUCAUCAAGCCAACUGCUUACAGAAGACUUUGUGCUACAUUCGAGUGGAGAGCGUCGCCGACCACUCCCAGACAUCAGUCUCUCGUUCCGCUCAGCUACAGACCGCACAUUCUUCCCGAACGAAAUGCCCCAGGUCUUCGACGAUCUCUUCUAUCAUUAUCUCAGAGAGUUACUCUUCGGAGUGGAGAACUUGUCAUUCCGUAUCUCGAAUGGCGCUCAGUCGGAGGGCACGUUUCAUCCGGACUUGGACUGGGUCUCGAUCCGCGAGACCUUUCAAUCCUUGCAAUGGCUGCGCGUGGAUCGACACGUGGCAGAGAGUCUACUGGAUAUAUUGGACGGGUCAAUGUACACAGAAGACUUCUUAUCACCGGAUCUCAAGCACCUAGUGCUUAUCGGUGUACAUUGGCACGCGGAUACUAUGUCAGACGCGUAUAAGCUUCAGGAGGGGGCUCUGCGUCGCUUUUUGCAAGGAGACGAGGAUACUUCCGGCACGCUUCAAACUUUAGCUACGACCAGGUCCAUCACCGUUGGCGGUGACGCGGGAGGGACACACGAAAUGCUUCCAGAGAGCAUGCCAGACAUCCCGUUCACGGUGGUACAAGCAGUGGAAGAGGAAGACUGGCCUGACUAUGACAUCAUCAAUGUGUAG